CUCUGAAAUCUGCCCAUGUGCAGCAAACCCUGUUCCCAGGUCUGUCCUUCACACGUUAGGAAGCUGGCGGCCAAGCCUCACAUGGCAACCACUAAGGGGGACCAGGAUCUGGUGCAACUCCUCCUGCAACGCUGGAGUGACCCGGAAUCCGGUCUAGACAAGGCCACGGAGAUCCAGUAUGACGUCUUUCUGUCCUUUCCAGACCCAGAGAGACCCAACAGGGUGACUGUGGUGCUGGAAAACAACACUCAGGCCUUUGAGUCCAGAGAAACUGAGGAGAAGCUCACCCCAGAUCAAGAAAAUCCAGAUAUAGUGAGGCCCUAUGCAGCUUAUGGACCCCCAGGGACCCCCAAGGGAAAACUGGUCUACGCUAACCACGGCAAAAUGAGUGAUUAUGAAUUCCUUCUUAAUCAAAAGAUUGAGCUCAACGGCACAAUUGCCAUCACUCGUUACGGAGGAGCCGGCAGAGCUGCCAAGGCAAUCAAUGGGGCCAAAUUUGGUGUCAUCGGAGUGGUGGUGUACACAGAUCCUAAAGACAUAAACGAUGGCAAAUCUUCACCGAAGGAGACCUAUCCCCACUCGUGGUACAUGCCCCGCUCUGCCGUAGAGAGGGGCUCCUAUAACAGCCACUUUGGAGAUCUUCUGACGCCAUAUUAUCCUGCCAAGAAUUUCACCUACAGGAUUCCAGAGGAUCAGAUCGUCGGGAUUCCCCCAAUCCCCACCCAACCCAUCGGCUUUGAGGAUGCCAAGUUGCUAAUCUGUAACCUAGGUGGACCAAAAGCAGAGGCUGCGUGGCAAGGAUCCUUGGGCUGUGAUUAUCACCUUGGACCCGGAUUCCAAGAAAACGCGCUUUUUCCUAACACCAGCAACGUCCAGGUGAAUGUCUAUAACCAGAGACAGAUCAAACCAUCUUCCAACGUUCUGGGGGUGAUACGAGGAAGCGUGGAACCAGACCGAUACGUCCUCUAUGGGAACCACCGGGACAGCUGGGUGCACGGAGCUAUCGACCCCAGCAGUGGGACAGCUGUCAUGCUUGAAAUCACUCGUAUUUUGGGAAAGUUGGUGAAGAAAGGAAAAUGGCGCCCAAGAAGAACCAUUAUUUUUGGCAGCUGGGGUGCUGAAGAGUUUGGUCUCAUUGGUUCUACAGAGCAUACAGAGGAAUUCUACAGCAAAUUGCAAGAGAGGAGCGUGGCCUACAUCAACGUGGAUAUUGCUGUCUUUGCUAAUGCUACCCUGAGGGUCCAAGGAACGCCACCAGCUCAAAGUGUAAUUUUUGCAGCCGCUCAGCAGGUCAAGACCCCAGCAAAUGCUUCUGUAUCAGUCUAUGAAAACUGGAAACACCAUUUCAACAGAAAUAGCUCAGUCUAUGGAACAAUCCCCAGUUUAGGGUCUCUGGGGGCUGGAAGUGACUUUGCUCCUUUUAUCCACUUCCUGGGCAUCACAGCGAUGGACAUUGCUUACACCUAUGAUCGGAAGAAAACGUCAGCACGCAUCUACCCUGCCUACCAUACAGCCUUUGACACCUUUGACUAUGCAGAGCAAUUUAUCGAUCCAGGUAAUGGCCGCCAGUUGCCGAACCCUCUCGGGUGCUUCUCUGCUUCUUGGGGAGAGAAACUUCCUAAUAUCCUUGCAUUUUGCAACACAGCAGCAGUUCUCAAAUCCCUGCAUUUGGCAUCGUAUGGCCGGUUUUGAGGUUUAUAUACGGAG